AUGAAAAGCCCCUCAAAAGAUCCUGCGGAUAGUAUUGCAAGGGAUUUCAUCUCAAAAAAUUCAUAUUUAACCCCUUGGACUCUUCCAAAAACGGUGAUCAUCUUCAUUAUCGUAAUCUCUCUUCCCUACGUCUUUUAUUCAUUAAGAUUGUUAUAUUUGUCAAAUCCUCCAAGCCAACAAACUCUAAUUCACGAUAUUCGUCAAUCUCAAUCUCACCCUCGAUUUCAAAACAAUUUCUUACCCACAUAUGUAUCAUCAACUCAUAAUCCUCAGACGGCCCCAGAGAGAACAAGCCUCAAACACAUAGUUUUCGGCAUUGGAGCCUCGUCUUCCACAUGGGACCGUAGGAAAAAUUACCUCAAGUUAUGGUGGAGACCAAAACAAAUGCGAGGCCACGUUUGGUUGAACAAGCCCGUUAAAUACAAUGCUGAUGAUUAUAAUUCUUUACCACCGAUAAAGAUUUCAAGCGAUACAUCAAAAUUCGAUUAUAAACACCCUUGGGGUACACGGGACGCCAUAAGAAUGUCAAGGAUCGUUUCAGAAUCUCUGAGGUUAGGCAUGAAGGAUGUAAGGUGGUUCGUAAUGGGUGAUGAUGAUACAGUUUUUAUUGCUGAUAAUUUGGUUAGGGUUUUGUCAAAGUAUGAUCAUAAUCAGUUUUAUUAUAUAGGAAGUCCAUCAGAGACUCAUGUGCAGAAUUUAAAUUUUUAUUACGGUAUGGCAUUUGGUGGUGGUGGAUUUGCUAUAAGUUAUCCUUUAGCCAAAGCUCUCGAGAAAACGCAAGAUCGCUGCUUACUUAAAUAUUCCUCUUUGUACGGUUCUGAUGCAAGGAUUCAUGCUUGUUUGUCAGAGCUCGGUGUUCCUCUUACCAGAGAACAAGGAUUUCAUCAGUUUGAUCUGCACGGCAACAUCUACGGCUACUUGGCGGCUCAUCCGAUUGCACCUGUUGUGUCUCUCCACCACUUAGAUUUGAUUGAGCCUAUCUUCCCGGACAUGGACCGAGUCCAGGCCGUACAACGCUUAAUGAUAUCAAUGAAACUAGACUCAGCGGCGCUGAUUCAACAAUCGUUUUGCUAUGACAAAACCAGGACCUGGACCGUAUCUGUAUCGUGGGGUUAUGCUGUGCAAAUAAUACGGGGUAUGGUUCCAGCGAGUGAAAUAGAAACUCCGACUAAAACAUUUAUGGAUUGGAAUUCAAGAGGGGAUGAUGGUGCAUUUGCAUUCAAUGUCCGCCCCCUUAGCAUCACUCCCUGCGAAACUCCAUUUGUCUACUUUCUUUCCAAUGCAUUGUACAAUGCCAGCACUAACCAAACUGCUACCGAGUAUAUUAGGUAUCGGGUACCCCUCCCAGUUUGUAAUUGGAAGAUUCCUGAUCCUUCUCGAAUUCAUAGAGUCGAGGUUUACAAGAAACCUGAUCCACAUUUAUGGGACAAGUCUCCGAGAAGAAAUUGCUGCAGGAUCUUGCGGACUAAGAAGAAACGCACCUUAGUAGUUGAUGUGGGUGUUUGCAGAGCAGAUGAGAGUGUUGACAAUGGUUGA